AUUGAUUUUUUUUGCUGUGCGUUGAUUGGCUGCGCUAAACAUGCAUAGCAGAAGUUGAGAGGCUCAGAGCAGGCGUUAUUCAGAUAUGUGACACUUGUUCAGGCAGUUAAUAAAGCUGUUACGUCGGAAAACCACGACAGCCGUCCCGUAUUUUAUGACAGGAAAAGAAAAGAAGUUCAAGUGAAAUAUUUAAGCUUCAUAUCUAAUUAUAUUUUUAAAGUGAACAAUCAUUUGAAAACAUUAUUCAACUAUUUAUAUACAAUUGGUUUUUCUUACCAAAAUUUCAAAUGCCUGAUAUUUAAUGGAUAAUUAUCAAGCUACCUCGACUGAUCCCGAAUCUUCUGAGAACCUUAGACAAGACAAGCAAUCUCAUUUCCAGACAGCAGUGAACAAACAUACAAAUCAUCUAGCCGAGAAUUGCAAAAGAUUCCUGAUGGAAGAAAUUGAAGAUAUAAAACAGCCAGUAUUUUGGCGAGCGGUAAUAGCAGAAUUUCUUGGAACCGCUUUUCUCGUCUGUUUCGCAGUUGCUGCAAAUAUGAACGAUGAGAAUGCUCCACCGAAUGGAUUGCUUUUUCCUUGUAUUGAAUCGGGCAUUUUCAUCACUAUUAUCAUCGGUACUUUGGGCCAUAUAAGUGGAGGUCACGUUAACCCCGCUGUCAGUCUAGGAUUCGCGAUAGUGGGUGACAUUAGUUGGAUCCGUUGCAUAUUUUACACAUUAGCUCAGAUGCUCGGAGCCGUUGUAGGAGCGGCUGUCAUACGUACUGUAGCGCCGUCUACUAUGUACCAAACUUUCGGAGUUGUUGGCCCUGGACCUGGAGUUAGUGAUGUACACGCUAUGAUAAUGGAACUGUUGAUUACAUUCUUGCUCCUCUUUGGAAUUUUGGCAGCCGUUGAUAAAGGCCGUAAAGAUUCUAUCGGAUCUGUUCCACUGCACAUUGGUCUUAUAGUAUCACUUAACAUGUUUGCUGCUAUCAAUAUAACUGGUGGAGCAAUGAACCCUUGUCGAGCGUUUGGUCCUGCUGUCAUCACUGGAGUCUGGACUGCUCACUGGGCCUACUGGAUUGGUCCACUAACCGGCAGUAUCAUAGGGUCAGUAUUAUACGACAAGGUAUUCUCAACCAGAAAAACUGACAGCCUUUCCUACCGAUGUUGUCUGAGGAAACGAGACAAGAACGAUGCCCCAUCUCGAAGCCCUAGUGCAGAAGAAAUACCAAUGAAAAAUGAAAUAACUGAUGUUGAUGCUGCAUGAUAACCAGCGUUGCAUGAACACCAAAAAUGCUUUGUCAUUAAUAACUUGGUAAAUUUCAGCGCUCUUAACUCUCCUAACUGGAUUUUAUUCUUCCAUUCCAAUAAACCAACAGUUCCAAAUCUUUUAGUAUCACAACUCAUACUGGCAAAACAAAAUUUCUUUUUUUUUAUAUAUAUAUUUAAAUGUAAAAUAUAAAGAAAAGCAAUUA